GGGCAAGGCGCCGAGAUGGUAUGGUACCUACAAUGGUCAUCAAGUCCGGGGCUUGCUGAUGCCGGCCCCUGGGCACAUUAGAGGUUUCCCCGAAAUAAUGCCCGAACAAGGCAUGACUUGCCCCGCCGGGCCCCCCUCCAACAGGAAGGUCUUGGUGUCUUGUUCGCAUGCGAGUGGCCGGCACGGGGAGGAUUCGCUGGGCGUGAGCCAACGCCGCUCACCGUCCUCACUUUCACUGCAAUGGUAAUCAUCGCGUAUGCGACAAGAACCGAAGCGAAAUUGCCCCAAUCGGCGCGACCCGCCUCCCGAUGGCCACCCACACGGGCCGAUGUGAUAAAACUUACCCCCAGAGCUCACCAACUGCAGCUUCCGUCGUUCCAUUUUCCUUCCAUUCUUCCCUCUACUCACAGCCGCUCUUUUUCUUUUGGUACUCCCGCCUCCUUGCUGUGUUUCUUAUUCUGUGUAGCCUGUCAUGUUGUUUCCAGCGCGGCUCCUGGCCGUCGGCGCCAUGGUCCUUGCUCUCGCGGACCCGGCUCUGGCCGUCCCGACCACUACCACUACCACCACAGCCGCCACUACCAGUGCCACCUCGGAGGCCGCCGCCCCCAACGCCAUGCAGCUGCUGAGUUACAUCAAGCGCAAACCGGGCAUGUCGCGCGAGGAUUUCUGGAAACACUGGGACAGCACCCACGCGCCGAUUGUCGCCCCUCUGGCCACCAAGUUCGGCAUCAACGCCUACUCGCAGAUGCGCGCGUUCGGGCAGAUCCUGCCGCAGAACGCCGGCGAGGAGGCGCCCGCGUCGUCCACGCUCACGUCCUUUGACGGCGUCGCCUUCUUCCAGUACCGCGACCCGGCCGCGCUGGCCGCCAUGCUGGCGCACCCGUACUACGCCGAGGUCGUCGCGGUCGACGAGGCCAACUUCAUCGACAAGGCGGCCCACAACGGCGGCCAGGUCGCCGUCUACCUGUCCGAGAUCUCGGACGUCGUCGGCGACGGCCACGCCGACGAGAACCUGUCGCGCGACGUGUGGAAGGGCGACGAUGCCAUCAGGACAAAGUACCGCCAGUUGUUUGAGGAGUACGACAAGCGGGUUCAGUAGCGAGUCGGCCCUCCCUUGACCCCCUGCACUUGUCCCCGAGGGGAGACGGGAAUGGGAAUGGUGGGAGGAGGCUACGGGGCCGGGUGUUGGUAGAUAUGGAGCUCUGUAAUGUAAUAGGAAUCAGGACGCAAAAGAGGCCGCCCAAUGCAUGGAAGGAAGCGUGCCGGGAAAAAACGGCCAUUGUAUCCCGUCAAUCAAAAGUCUCUAGAUUAAAUAAAUCUCGUCGAGCUCCUUUUGCACAUGG